GGACAGUAUUUAGACAGGAAGUGAAGUGGGAGAAAGAGAGGGGGCAGUGGCAGGAAAGGUCCGCAAGCUGGGACUCGAACUCGGGAUGCCCAAAGCGCAGUGGCGCUACAUGUCAGCACGAUGCCCACGAGGCUAUUGGCGCAGACUAAAUCCAACUGUAUUAUAAUGCAUCAAAUAAAAAUAAAAAAAUGUAAAUGUCAUUUUUUUAAUUUAAAAAUGUAUAUAUCUUUUUUUUUAUUUUUCAGGAAAAUUCACUGUUACUUUUCAGUGUAAAAAAACUAAAUAUUUUUAAAAAAAUGCUAAAACAAAAAUAUCAAUUAGAAAUAAAGACCCUCUUGUGAUAUAUGGCAUGACGGGCCAAAUCAAAGGUCAUCACAGGUCAAUUUAGGGCAUCUCUGCUCUCUGUAAAUCUUCCCUUGGUGCUCUUUUGUCAUUUUGGAGCACAACUGACCCAGUCCCCUUUUGUUACAUAAAAUGUGUAUCCAAUUCUUCUGGAGGGUCACUUUGUUGCAGGAUUUAGCUCCAUCACACCUGCCUAGAUGUUUUUAAUGACUUUAAACACUUUAAUUAAACUCAUUCAGGUGUGUUUAAUUAGGCUUGUACCAAAUCUCUGUAUGAAAGUGGCUCUCCAUGAACAGGAUUAGACAGAAUAUAGUUAAAAAAGUAAAGAACACAAGAAAACGGGAGCAUCAUGAGGUUUGAACAGCAACUUUGCCAAGAUGGCCGCCAACUGAACCGAUAUGCCUCUGAGGAUAGUUUGUGGACAUCAUGUCCCUUUCUGCUUCUGUGUGUCAAGUGAAAGUUACCAGGUUUACCAUCUUCAAGUGAUCGUGACAGAGUCCUGGAGAACUUAACAAGAUCGCUCUCCUCCAGCUGUCGUCCUAAAUUAGCUGAGCUCUGUGAAAAGAGAGCCGUUUCAACUGACCCCUUCUGCUCCUUGAAGCUCCAGCCGUCCGUGACACCCAAAUGCUGCCUGUCUUUCAUCAAACUGGUCACUCCUGGAGAAAAAUGGACUUGGAGUGAAGGGCGGCCCUUUAUGUGGGCUGACUCCCUCUAGGACGACUCUGAAACUAGUUGAGACUCAAAUGGGUGACCUAUGACAAUGUAACCAAUAAGGGGACUUGAUUUCUCGCUUUCUCAAGCAGCUGCAAGCAGGAUAUGAGCUUGAGCCGUGUGUAUCGACGAUAAAACGAACCUUUCAUCGCUUGAGGCCUCCUCUAACGUCAUGCAGUCAUCUGAGGAAUUGUUUAACAGGAAGCUGAAAGCGUUGAAUGGGAGUAUGGGACAUCCAGCGGGCAACACGCAGGGCAAGCUGGACGGGGGUGGCAAGACGAACGGGACACCUGCUAUGCCUAAAAUGGGGGUGCGGGCCAGGGUGACGGACUGGCCCCCAAAAAAGGAGGGUUGGGGUCCCAACUACGAGACCGUCAUCACGGCCUUUCAGAACGGACAGCCAGACCAAAGUGUGGAGAUCACAGAUUUGGGCGAAGCUCCUUUGGAGUCUGAUUAUUCGGAUACAAAAUAUUCCUUGAGUGACCUUUUGAGUCGAUCCCCUUUGAAGGGACUCCAUCCCAUUCGCCAACGGAGUAACAGUGACGUGACCAUCAGCGACAUUGAUGCGGAGGACAUAAUGGACCAGAACGCUGUUAACCCCAACACCGGCGCCUCGUUGCAUCGGGAGUAUGGCAGCACGUCUUCAAUUGACCGCCAGGGUCUUGGGAACGAUGGGUUCUUUACUAUGUUGCGAGGAUAUCGGAUUGACAACUUGGACCAUCGCAGCUCUCCGCCUGCCGGGUUCCCAGAGCUCCUUCGCUACGACACAACCCUCUCCCCAAGCUUGCAGACCGCUGCACAAAUAGCCCGCGGCGAGAUCAUCCACAUCUCCGGCUACGACUACGUGGACACCUCCCUCCUCUACAGCCGAGAAAGAGAGAAGUCCUUCAUGCGUCGUCUCAAGUCGGAAUCAUCUGAAACAUCGCUGUUCAAAAAACUGAGGACUAUUAAGAGCGAGAACGACGGUCUGCGGCUCUCCACCGAGCAAGACGACCGCCGGCCGCUCAGCUUCCAGAAGUGCUUCGCUCACUAUGACGUCCAGAGCGUCCUCUUUAACAUCAGUGAAGCGGUGGCCAAUCGCGUAACCCUCAGCCAGAGGAAGAACACCACCACUGGAGCUUCUGCCGCCUCCCAAUACCAAGUCCCAGGAAGUGGACAAGUGGCUGGGAAUACAACUGGACCUGCAUCCAUGUUUGAAUCGCCGCUCGGAAGUCGGGAAGACCUCAAUCCCAAGGAGAACCUGGAUGCGGAUGAGGGGGAUGGGAAGAGCAAUGGAUUGGUGCUGAGUUGCCCGCAUUUUCGCAAUGAGAUUGGUGGAGAAGGGGAGAGGAGGAUAUCUCUAUCCAGGGCCAACAACGCCACCUACAGCGUUGGAGGAGAAAACUGCUCGUUCGAGUCCUCCUUGAGCUCCCACUGUACUAAUGCUGGCGUGUCUGUACUGGAGGUGCCACGAGAAAGCCAGCCAAUCCACCGUGAAAAGGUCAAGCGGUACAUCAUCGAGCACAUCGACCUCGGAGCGUAUUAUUACCACAAAUUCUUCUAUGGGAGAGAGCACCAGAACUACUUCGGCGUGGAUGAGAACUUGGGUCCGGUGGCCAUUAGCGUACGGAGAGAAAAGCUGGAUGACGGGAAAGACAAGGAGGCAGCGCAGUAUAACUAUCGCAUUACCUUCAGGACGAGUCAGCUGAGUUUCCAGCACAAAGUGGGCGUCCUGUACUGUAAAGCGGGUCAGAGCACAGAGGAGGAGAUGUACAAUAACGAGAACGCCGGCCCGGCGCUGGACGAGUUCCUGCAUCUGCUCGGUCAGAGAGUCCGGCUGAAGGGCUUCACCAAGUACCGAGCUCAGCUGGACAACAAGACGGACUCCACCGGCUCUCACUCGCUCUACACCACUUAUAAAGAUUAUGAGCUGAUGUUCCACGUGUCCACGCUCCUGCCCUACACUCCCAACAACAGACAGCAGUUGCUCAGAAAGAGACACAUAGGAAAUGACAUCGUCACCAUCGUGUUUCAGGAGCCCGGUGCCUUGCCUUUCACACCCAAAAACAUCCGCUCCCAUUUCCAGCAUGUGUUUGUCAUCGUUAAAGUUCACAAUCCGUGCACUGACAACGUCUGCUACAGUGUUGCAGUAUCCAGAUCCAAAGACGUGCCUCCGUUCGGCCCUCCCAUUCCUAAAGGAGUGACCUUUCCCAAGUCGGCCGUCUUCAGGGACUUCCUGCUGGCCAAGGUGAUCAACGGGGAAAACGCGGCGCACAAAUCGGAGAAGUUCCGUGCCAUGGCGACCCGCACGCGGCAGGAGUACCUCAAGGACCUCGCGGAGAACUUUGUGAGCACGACGACGGUGGACACGGCGGUGAAGUUCAGCUUCAUCACGCUGGGGGCCAAGAAGAAGGAGCGGGUGAAGCCGCGGAAGGACGCCCAUCUCCAGAGCGUGGGCGCCGUCACAUGGAGCGUGGUGGCACGGGAUUUCGGCCAAUCUGCAGACUUGGAGUGCCUGCUGGGGAUUUCCAACGAGUUCAUCGUGCUGAUCGAGGAGGCGUCCAAGAACGUGAUUUUUAACUGCUCCUGUCGGGACGUCAUCGGCUGGUCGUCUGGCGUCAUGAGCAUCAAGAUCUUCUACGAACGAGGGGAGUGCGUGAUGUUUUCCGCGCAUGACAACUGUGGAGAAGACAUUCGAGAGAUCGUGCAAAGACUUGAGAUGGUGACGCGCGGCUGUGAGACCACAGAGAUGACCUUGCGCAGGAACGGUCUCGGUCAGCUCGGCUUCCACGUUAACUUCGAGGGCAUCGUGGCUGACGUGGAGCCGUUCGGAUACGCCUGGAAGGCCGGUUUGCGGCAGGGCAGCCGGCUGGUGGAGAUCUGUAAGGUGGCGGUGGCCACGCUGACCCACGAGCAGAUGAUCGACCUGCUGCGCACCUCCAUCUCCGUCAAGGUGGUCAUUAUCCAGCCGUAUGAGGACGGAGCUCCCAGAAGGGGAUGUUCAGAGCUCUACCGCAUCCCUAUGGUGGAGUAUAAGUUGGACAGUGAAGGAACGCCCUGCGAGUACAAGACGCCCUUCAAGAGAAACACCACCUGGCACCGUGUGCCCACCAGCGGCCAGCCUCUUCCCGAUCGCAUGCCGUGCCAGCAGAUCCUCCAGCACGCUCAGACCGCCAUCCCACGCAGCACCUCUUUCGACAGGAAGCUGCCGGAUGGACCCAGGAGCGUUCAGGAUGUUGAGAAGCCUCAGAUCUCGUCCUGCAGUCUGCUUCCGGGUCUGAUUGGAGACACUCCUGUGAAUCAGAUCAGUCACCUGACGCUGCUCUCUUGCCUCUCUGAUCCGCGGUUUGUUCAGAAUGUGUGUUUCUCUCGCUGCAGGAGCGUUCAGGAUGUUGAGAAGCCUCAGAUCUCGUCCUGCAGUAAAGGAGACGCGUCCCAACACUACCGCAGCUCACCCAGUAACCAGUCGUCCUCCAGCGACCCGGGACCCUGCGCAAGCGCCAGCUGGAACCAGCAGCCGGGAUACGACGGGUGUCAGUCUCCUGUGCUCCACGAGCGCUCGGCUGAAGCCCAGGGCAUGCUGGGAGACGGGGAGAUGCCGCGGGAAAGAGAGCCGACGCUGGAGAGGACACGCUCUGCAGAGGCGAAGUGGCACGUCCCUUCCACCAAGAUCCUCAAUUCCUUGAAGGAAAGAGGCAAGGAUGCACCAAACAAGUUGACGCGGCAGGGCGGCGAUAAGAACUCCAGCCACUCCAGCAGUAACACUCUGUCCAGCAACGGCUCCAGUAGUAACAGUGAUGAGAAGCACUUUGGCUCCGGGGACCUGAUGGAUCCAGAGAUGCUGGGUCUCACCUACAUUAAAGGAGCCUCCACAGACAGCGGCAUUGACACCGCGCCCUGUAGCAUGACCCCGGGGGUCGCCGGUGCGUCUGUUUCCCGCGUCAUGCUCCAGGGCCCCGGGGCAUCUGAUCCGGGACACCCGUGGACACCGGAGCUGACAGAAGAAGGGUCCACGGAGGAGGACCACGGCAGGUUGUACCUUCCCCAGAGCUACGCCGCGGCUCUGGCCGCCGGACAUGCGCCCGUGGAUGGGAGUAUGGGAGACCUGAGCGAGAACUCAUCUCAUUCUAGUGGCUCCCACCACUCCGGCAGCCCCUUACCCCACAGCUUCAAGCACAUGUCCUCUCCAGAACCUUCCAGAACCCAGGCAGUCCCCCACAGUAGCCAGGAGCCAGGGCCCAGCACUGAUGCGCACACACAAAGCCGUAGGAGGUCCGAUGACAAACCGAUCCCGGACGAGCCCCCGAUUCAGUCCGAGUGUGGGCAGCUGUACGCCGCAGAGCCGUCCUGUGGGCUGCAGGACAGAGGACGGGACAAGCUGAAGCCCAACAUGUCUAAAGAGGAGUACAUGAAGAUGAUGCUGCCUGAAAGCCCUCCUGGAGAGAGCGGCCACAGGAAGGCGUCUGCGGCAGGCAGCCUGUCCCCGCGGCGGUCGCUGUAUCGGACUCUCUCGGACGAGAGCGUGUGCAGUAACAGGAAGGGCUCGUCCUAUGCCAGCUCACGGAGCUCAAUGCUGGAUCAAGCCCUGCCCAACGACAUCCUGUUCAGCAGCACUCCACCCUACCACUGCACCCUACCGCCCCGCAUCAGCCUCAGCCAGCCCGCAUCCAACCUCAAGAGCUCAGACAGAGAGAGAGAGAGGCACAUUUACCUCCAGUGUUUUCCCUCACAUCAUUCUCAGAGCCAGUUCUUUUUUAAAUAUGUGCAUUUAUGUAUAUAUUCAUUAAAAAUGUGCCUGGACUGGUCUCACCUCGUCGACGCCGCCAGAGCCUUUGAAGACCAGCGCGUGGCCUCGUUCUGCACCAUGACGGACAUGCAGAGAGCCGAAGCGCUGCAGAUCUCGCGUGAGCUCACCAGACGCGUGGCAGCCGCUGAGGGAGCCGCACUGGAGGCCGGUGAUACGUCUCCAGCCACGCUGACGGGUAAAGUCAAUCAGCUGGAGGUCAUCCUGAGACAGCUGCAGUACGACUUGAAGAAGGAAAAGGAAGACAAGGCGAUCCUGCAGGUGGAGGUGCAGCACCUGCGGCAGGACAACAUGCGUCUGCAGGAGGAGAGCCAAACAGCUGCCGCACAGCUCAGGAAGUUCACCCAGUGGUUCUUCCACACCAUCGACAAGAAGCCUUGAUGGAGACCACUGAAGACUUUCAGGACUGCACGCCAUUGACCUACACUAGCAAAGCCCGAUUCCUACUGCAGUUCAAUCAGAUGCAGAAUGUAAGUAUAUUCUGGACUGAAGAAGAGUGUAGAUGAGCAGCGAAGACACACGGAGGCAGGUUUAGCACGGAGAAUGUACUCAAUUAGCAACUAAACUAUGUUUCUGGAGGUGGAUCAUGAAUGUAACACAUCAAGACUUGUCGAGACGUUUCAUUUUCUGCCUCCGUUAUUGAAAGGUGCAAUCAAACGUUGAAGUUCAGCGGGUCAACGGUACCUUUUGAAUCAUUUCUGUCCACAAUCAUCAAGUUCUGGCAAUAAGAGUCAUGGAUUUGCCAAGCAAACACAAUGCGAAUAGUUCGUGAAGCUGUAAAUGUUGAGAUUGUGCCUCAAAGAAAAGCCGAAAUGAAGCAGGUGUGUGCAUAACGUGGCUUUCCUCUCCUGCCUCGUCUCGAAUCCACAGUCACAUGCCAAAACUCUGUGUCCAUGUCUGUACAGAACCUCCAAUCAAGUGUCUUGUGUUUAACACUGUUAUUUAAGCUUCUUUCACCUAAAUUAGUUUAUUUUAUUAAAAUGAGCGGCUUCUGGAGGAACGGCUGUGAGAAGGCCAUACUGUGACGGUUUUGCCAGGACUGUGUCCGAUACAUAGAUAUAUUGAGGAUUUGUCUUUUUUUCCCUCAUUCCAACAUUUGGAUGCUGCUAGAUAACAUUAUGUUGGUUUCUAUGCUUUUACAAAUGUGUUUCUCUGUAAAUUUCAUGUAAAAUGGGACAUUGGUUGCUUUUUUUUUUUUUAUAAAUGUAGUAUGUAAAAUAAAUCUGAUGUGUCAUCUUAAUAUUUCAGGUCCUAGGAAAAAAGAUUUAUGUGUUUAUAAGUGUGUGUGUGUGUGUGUG